GUAUAGUUCACUUUUUCACUUUCCACUUUAAUAUAUUGAUUGCUUCAUCGAAGAAACGUCGCCCAUUCACUACACACAAGAUGAUGUUGCUGCUAACUGUCCUUAUGUAUCAACUAAUUAUGGAAAUUAAUGCUCAGCUACCCACGACUUUCAAUCAGAAUCAAGCUUCGUGGCCAGCUAACAACCCAUGUGCGAUCAUGCCGUGUACUAUGGGCAACAUGGCAUGGAACGGCGUGUCUCCUAUGAGGUUCCCUCGUGGUUCUCUGGGAAGAAUAAGAUCGCCCUUCAAUACCAGGAUGUUUGGAAGUUCUAACUUUGGUUCUGGGAAUCCUUCACUGUUUCAAAGUCCACUACCUAACAUGCUGACGAGGAACAUGAUGGCAAACAACAUGGUACCAAACAACAUGAUGCUGAGCAACUUGAUACCAAACAACAUGAUGAUGAACAACGUGGUGCCAAACAACAUGAUGCCAAAUGGCAUGAUGCCAAAUGGCAUGAUGCCAAAUAACAUGAUGCCAAACAAUAUGAUGCCAAAUAGCAUGUCGAACAACAUGAUGACAAACAACAUGGUGACGCUUGUCAUACGUAACAAUAACGGAAGAUCAAUGACCGUAUCAGUUCCCAUAGCUUGCAUGCAGACCAGGGCGAAAGGAGGCUGUGCUAAUUUCGUUAGACGGUACUACUUCAACCGCUUCACGGGACACUGUGAGGAAUUCACAUACAGCGGGUGUGGAGGCAACAACAACAACUUCGCUUCGAUACUCCAGUGUCAGCAGCUGUGUGUUGUACCAAAUGUGGGUUGAGACCGUUUUGUCCUGGGUGUUUACCGUUAGACUCAGUAUGCGACUAACGGACCCGUCUAAUAUGAAGAUUUGGUGCUACGUUACAAUUGCGGGAUGAUGUGUUGAAUGAUAAGAAGACAUAUCAGUUAUUUUAGUGGUAAUAGCAGUGCAUUGAUUUGUUUGCUGCAUAUUGUAUAAUGAAAUGAUUUUUUUAAUGAUUUUUUAUAUCUUGCUACAAAUACAACUGGAAACUGAAAA